ACGCAAAAUGCUUCUGCCUCGCACAGUGCUGUAAAUCGGACUUAUUAUACCAACAGCUGUGCGACGGCGUUGUACAACACACACGAGCCAUUGAAAUGGCGCGAAAAUAAUUUGGCGCGUCGCCGAACAUUUGGAGGGAAACUGCAUCGCCGUGGCCCAGUUGUAAUUCGAGCGGUGGCACUGACACGACGUAUAUGGAAAUAUAAUAAGAUAUAAAAAGAAAAAGUGAGAUACCCACACAGAAACCGACGUGCCCUAAGUGAAAUUAACAAGACAUAUACACAACAGCCCAUAAGAAUAGCAUUUAAUUCAAAUAAAUUUAAAAAAAAAUGGCCCAGCCAUCGGUAGCUGCAUUUUUUAGCAAUCGUAAACGUGCCGCAGUAGAUGAUGCGACGACCAUUAAGAACAGGCGUCUCGCGGAGCCCGUAGAGGCAGCCGCUCCACAGAGUAUAGCUCAGUCCAGCUCGCAUACAGAUCAGGAUGUGGACAUUGAUGCACUUAAAGGUGGCGUACGCACCCGCUCUGGCCGCACCGUCAAACUUAUUGGCGUACAGCCAACACCAUCAGCGCAAGAAAGCAAAAAGAAGCCCGCCAAGGCCGAGUCAACCAUCAAGCAACCGAAGCUUGUACAAUUCAUACGCAAGGGUAAUCUCUCACCACGCAAGCAGCCGCCCAAUCAGACAGAAAUCCCCAAUGAGCAGACACCCAAACUGAAUUUGGCUGUUGUGGCCAAACAAAUAGCUGAUAAUGCACAGCGUGGCAUGCGCACGCCCACAAAGCAAAUCAUCAAAGAUGCCUCGCCCGUUAAGCACCUGGAGCUGGCCAAGCGGGGUCUCACCUUCGAUGAGGUCAAAACGAAGAUCUCGCGCAGUGCCAAGAUGCAGGAGCUGAAGGCGGUGCUAGCACGCAAAGCACAAUUGGAACAGCAACGCAAGGCGCAGGAGGAGCGCAACAGACGCCUGCGGGAAGCAGGUCCAUCGCCGGCCAAGGCAGCCAAGAGCCUGCAGCUAAAGGAGUUCGAUACCAUUGAACUGGAGGUGUUGACCAGUCCCUUGAAGACAUUCAAGACGCCCACAAAACUGCAGCAGCCCCCGACCCCGGAUAAACAUGAGUUAAUGUCGCCACGUCACACGGACGUCUCGAAGCGUCUGCUCUUCAGUCCGGCCAAGAAGGGAUCGCCAGCCAAGCUGCUGGAGACGCCAGCCUAUAAACGCUAUGCCAGUCUCGUCGAGACGAGCAAAGCCGGUCAACUGCCGCUGCCAUACAAGCAUCGUCAUUUGCUGGAGGUAUUCAAGUGCUUGGACUCGGUGGUGGCCAUGUUCCACAAUCGCAAGGAGUGCAUCACAUUCAAGAAAUUGAAGCCAGCUGUGCAGCGCAUGUUGCGCAAGAAUUUCACGGAAACGCAUUUGGCACAGAUCAAGCAUGUCUAUCCCGAUGCCUUCAUCUUCUCGCAGAUGAAGAUGCGCAACUUUGGCUCUGUAUCGAAGGCGGAUUACUUUCAGCUGGUGAUCAGUCCCAAUGUGGAGCAGCUGCCCGAGGAGCAGCGUAUGAAUAAGAUCAAUGAAGACGAUGUGCUCGCGUCGGCUCAGUCGACGUCCAUGAAUCCACAUGUCAUGACGGCGCGUGUCCAGAAAUUCCAGCGUCUACUGCUGCAGCGUGUGCUCGAGGAGCACGAUAAGUUUGUGCGCUCUCUGGAUCCACCAAUUAUCAUAGAUCGGGCUCUGACACGUUGGCAUCCGCAAUUCGAUUUGGAGAGCUGCAGUGAGGUGGAGUUGGCUGUGCUACCUCAGCCACCAAAUGUUGAGAAAUAUUCAUCGGCCAAGGACAUUUUGUCAACAGCUCGUAAUCUGUUCAACUGUGCCACGCCCAUGGAGCGUGUCAUGGAUCGAUAUGAGGCUAAGCUGGAGGCGGAUAAGCAAGAGGCAAUAACUGCCACCACUGAGACUUCAACUGCCACGCCCACGGUGCAGCAAUGUACACCCGUAGCACCUGUCGAUGCAACGUCCAAUCUAUUGAAGGGUCUACCCAAAUCAUUGAUAGACAAAAUACGCGCUAAGCAGGCAGCCAAAGCCUUGGAUGCAAUGACGCGACGUCCGUCACAGGACCAAGAAGCAACCAAAUAUUCGCGCCUGCCGGAAUUGGCGCGUCAUCUGCGAAAUGUCUUCGUCACAGAACGCAAGAGCGUUCUAACCCUUGAGAUUAUCAUCAAGAAAAUACAGAACAGUUUCAGGGCGAACUUAACGCCUCAAGAGAUCGAAACACACCUGAAACUUUUGGCCAAGGAAUUGCCCACGUGGGCAUCAUUUCACGAGGUGCGGAAGACCAUGUAUAUUAAAAUUGCCAAGGACAUGGAUAUGAAUAAGAUCAUCGAGAAAUUGGAGGAGAUUGCGAAUGAGAAGAGCAAAUAAUUAAUGGAGACUUGGAGAUUACGUAAAAACAAAGCAAUUCCUAGACCCUGUGGACUACAUCCAGCUAUACCAUUUAUAUGUAUGUUUAAAUACAACGCUUACUUAGGCUCAAUUAAAUUAGGCAAUUCUAUUGUUAUUCUUACUAUUGACAUAAUUAUUAUUUUUAUUAUCAUUAACAUUAUUUGACCAAAUUAUAAAAGCAAUCACACAUAUUCAUCACAUUCAAUAUGUCAUUUUCUUAAGUAAUUUACCAAGACACUACACUACAACAUAAAUUAA